UGCGGUUGUACGGCAACCGCCAGGCCCCGGCAGCCGAGGUGGCGGCUCCCUCCGCUGCCGCCGAGGUCGGGCCUUUUACCCCCGCUGCUGCAGCCGUCGCCGCCCCUCGGGCCGGCGGGCCAAGGAAUAGGUCAAGGAGCUUUGCUGCCAGGCCUGGGGAAUGUUCUGAAGCUGUAAAUGCUGGAAUUAAAAGUCUGUGUUUGACGCCUUCCAUGAAACCAAAGCCUAGAUUGUGUAUUGAGAGCAUGCCAUCAGAAAUGCUGAUGAAGAUAUUUUCCUAUUUGGAUGCUGUGUCCCUACUGUGUGUUGGUUGUGUGAAUAAGCACUUCUAUCAUCUGGCCAAUGACAAUGGAAUCUGGCUGAGAAUCUAUUCCAGUUGUUUUCGACCAAAAAGGACAAUUUGGAAAAUGACGUCUGAACAAACAGAGACUGUUUCCUUGGACUGUGCUGCUCUACAUGAUAGAAAGCCUGGGUACUGGAAGAAAGAAUACAUCUUCAAACAAAUAGCUGCUGUCAAAACUAGAGUAAUGCGACUUGUUAAACCUGUAGAUCCUUAUACAGGUCUUCCAUGUAAAAACAAAGAAGCUAUCAAAGCCUCUGGCUUGAGUUGGAUAAUUGUUCUAAAGGACAAAAAUGGAAAGGAGCAUAUAAUGGAGAAGGCAAACCUGUCAUUUAAGGACACAUCUGUUACUAUACUAUGGUAUAGUACAAAUUGGCCAUGCUUAGACAUCCUGUCAGCCUUAAAACUAUUUGGAGUUACGCCAUUGCUUCCUGACCAAAGCAGAGAUCCCAGCAAGAAUGGACCUCGUCGACGUUCCUUAAUUGCUGAAUACCAUCUUGCUAACCUGACUGAAAGCAGUGUAGCACUUGGUGCCGAUAAACUCGUCCAGCUCUUCGGUCUCAAUCCAGGACUUUUAGUAGGACUUUGGAAGGAGAAAAAUGAAAUUGCUUUUGUUAUGGCGAGUCUUCAUUAUCAUCAACUUCUUGAGAGAAGCACUUUGGGUUCUGCUACUGUUCAAUAUGCACUUCCACCUAAUAAACCCAUGUUGGAUGAUGUUGACCCAGAAUAUGGACUGCAUGAUUACAGUCUACAUCUUGAUAUCCACGGUGGAAGCUGCACCUACCUGUGUGGUACAUUCAAGAGCCUCUUCUGCAGAAAAGACAGUGUCUGUCCUGAAACCUGCCGCUUCUGUCCUCUGUCAUGCAUUGGGCUGCUUCCUCCACACAGUGACAUUGCAAAUGGAUAUUUGAGGCUCACAGUUGUAAGCUUAAAGGAUAAUACAAAGCACUUGCCUCUUAUUGGGACACUUGGCUUAUCCUGGGAAACAGAGGCGUUUAAAGGCAAUGUAAAGGACUGCUGUGUGAUGGAUGUUACUCUCUUGGAUGAAGCUGGAAAACCAUUCUGGUGUUUCAGUGCCCCAGUCUACAUGGAACUAUCUUCCAAGGCAUCUAGCUUUUAUGACUACAUGGGUCAUAUCUAUACCACAGACUAUGCAGAUUCAGAGGGUAAAGUCUGUGUUGAGUUGGUAUGGUUGGAAGAAACCAAGGAGUAUUUUAUAGUCAACUUGGUGCUUUAUAUAAGCACCAGAAAGGUAAAUAACUGGUAUGGAACAAAUUACUGACUUAAUUCGGUCACUAAUUUCAUUGCUUUAAAAAAAACCCACAAAACCAACAACAAAAAAAACCCAACAGAAAACACAUUAAACUUCUGAUGCUUAAAAUUCAUACCAAUGAGCACAUCUGUUCCCGUAAAUUUUUCAGUAACAAGUGCAAUUGCAUAAUUUGUUUAAUUGGUAUUGGAGGGAUUGAAGAGACACGUUGAUAUAAAUGAAUGUUUUUCUUCUCUGUUGAUAGUCUGUUUCUGAUACUUGGUAUAUUGAAAUUAUUUUUAGGAAUAUUUUUCUUUAUAGAUAAUUGUUACUAUGGUUAAGACAUUGGUUCUUGUGAGAGACAUACUGUGAAGAUGCCUUACCUUAUGUAAGCUACACUGUUUUUGAGAAUAUUGACUUUUAUGCCUAGUAGUAAAACAGCAUGUGUGCUGUUCCCUUCAGAUUCAUUAGUGUUGUUGGUAAAUAACAGGUUUUGUUAGGUUUUGUUAAAUGCAUAAAUACUUUUUUUCAGAAAAUACUUCACUUAAAUGUAUUCUAGUAGGUAACAGAUAGUAGGAAGUCACAGAUAUGAACAGUAUGCCAGUUAAGGCAUUUGUUAAGAAAAUCACAUACAAUAUCUACUAUGAAAUUUUUUAAAUUCCUCUUUGUUCUGUUUUCCCAUGUUCUAGCCUUCUGAUUUGAGCCUAGAUACUCAUGUCAUAUCUUGCCUGAUGAAUAAGUGUCCCAAUUAUCAGCACAGCUGAGCCGAUGUCUGCUCUUACUGAAUGCACGUAACAUUCAGUUGUUUUGGAAACGAUGCAUAUCUGGUACCGUUUAUCUAGCAAUAAGUAUUCAUAUAAAAAUUAAAUGUAUGUGCCUGAUCUUUCAGGUUCCUUGAAGUAACUUUAGGACCAAAUCUACUCCUUGCAUAAAAAAAAUAAAAUGACACGGUACUGGGACUCUAGUGCCAUUACAUAGCGUGUUACAAACCACAGCAAAUUUGUGCAGUUUCACAGUACUCCAUUAAGAAAGAAACACAAUGUCUGUUUACAUCUGUGACUUUAUUAUAGUAGCGAUUUCCUUAAACAAAUAAAGAAAAGAGAGAAAUUAUUUUUAAGUACAUUAACUGGUUCAUGCAAGCAAUGUUUAUGUAUAAGCAUUUGUGCUCUAUAUUACAGAGACAGUAGGAGAUCUACACUACAGC